CUUCGAACGAAAUUAGACAGUCGUGUGGAAAAAAAGUUCUCUUCAGCUCGAAUCUUUCGCAGCACGAAAUCGCUAUCUGCAGACCCCGCCUUAGCCGUCGCAAACGAGAUCCUCGAUUUGCGGCCCCUAGACCCUUCCUUUCUUGGUCGCUGAUAGACAACCCCGACAAAGGGUAAUUGCAAAAGAAAAUGGUAGACCGGGAACCAGGUACCCCUACCUGGAAGUUCACCCAAUGUUUUGGUGACAAGGGAGACGUGGAAGAUAUUACGGAAGCGGAUAUCAUCUCAACCGUCGAGUUUGACCACACCGGAAACUACCUAGCUACGGGUGACAAGGGAGGACGAGUGGUGUUAUUCGAGAGAAACGAAACGAAAAAAACCUGCGAAUAUAAAUUUCACACCGAAUUCCAAUCGCACGAGCCGGAGUUUGACUACCUAAAAUCUUUGGAGAUCGAAGAGAAGAUCAACAAAAUUAAGUGGUGCAGACGGCAAAAUGCCUCCCACUUCCUCCUCUCGACCAACGAUAAGACAAUAAAGCUUUGGAAAGUCUUUGACAAGUCAUUGAAGGUUGUCGCAGAGAACAACCUCUCGAGUGAACUGACUCCUGCGGGUGUCGGUGGUGGAGGGGCUCCCCGUGCGCCCCGUGUAUCGUUCAAGGAUCCCUCGAUGCUGAAGCUGCCCCGCAUGACACACCAUGACACGGUUGUAGCGGCUGUACCUCGGCGGACGUACGCUAACGCACACGCAUACCACAUUAACAGCAUCUCCGUCAACAGUGAUGGCGAGACGUUUAUCAGCAGCGACGAUCUUCGGAUCAACCUCUGGAACCUUAAUAUUCAGGAUCAGAGCUUUAACAUUGUGGAUAUUAAACCUGCGAACAUGGAGGAGCUCACGGAAGUUAUCACGGCUGCAGAGUUCCACCCGCAAAGUUGCAACUGGUUCAUGUAUGCCAGUUCCAAGGGCACAAUCAAGCUUGCCGACAUGCGGCAGCGAGCAUUGUGCGAUGAACAUUCCAAGCUCUUCGAGCAAGAAGAGGAUGCCUCCUCCCGUUCCUUCUUUUCAGAGAUCAUAUCAUCCAUUUCCGACGUCCGGUUUUCACAUGACGGUCGCUACAUUGUGUCCAGGGAUUACUUGACCGUCAAGAUCUGGGAUGUCAACAUGGAAAAGCAACCCGUCAAGACGAUCCCCAUCCACGAGCACUUGCGACCGCGGUUGUGUGAUACAUACGAGAAUGAUAGCAUUUUCGACAAGUUCGAGGUUGUUUUCUCGGGCGAUGCGGAGAACGUGAUGACUGGAAGUUACAACAACAACUUCAUGAUCUACCCCACCGACCCUAGCAAGGAGACGGAGAUCGUACUGCAGGCGGAUAAGUCUGCUUUCAAGGCGAAGAAGGUUGGCGUCCCCACGCCGAUGAACAAGGGUGCGAAUGGAAAGAAGAAUGGGUCCAGAGCAGGCAGCCCUGUUGGCGUCGGCGGGCGCAUGAAGAAGGAGACCGAUGCGGAUCAAAUCGACUUUAACAAGAAGAUCCUGCACAUGAGCUGGCAUCCUUAUGAGGACAGUAUUGCCAUUGCUGCUACAAAUAACCUGUUUGUCUUCUCUGCGUUGUAAGUAUGUGACAAAGUGGCCAUAAUUUUUAAUGGACAAACAUGUCAUUAUGUGAUUCAAAGAUAAGACAGGUAUAAGACAAUUAAGGUUUCCUAGCAGCAGCAGUU